CCUCCAAUUCCAAACCUUAGGUUUUUAAACGAUAAGAAACCCUCGAGUCCUAACAGGUCGAGCUUCACUCUCUCCCUGCUUCCGCCGCUCUCCCUCCUCUGUCGACGAAUCCACCAAACCAAAUCUCAUAAACAAGGUUGAAACCCAAAACCCUAAUCAAUCCCGGAGUCAGGGUUUCUUCCUAUUCCCGUUUUUCGUUUAAUCUGCUUCCCUUAUGCCGGCGGCUGUUUUUGUUCUCACCAACGGAUGAUCUUUCUUUCUUGUUUUACUUCGCAGAUGAAUCGGGAGAAGCUUAUGAAGAUGGCCGGUUCUGUCCGCACCGGCGGAAAAGGAACCGUGCGCAGAAAGAAGAAGGCAGUGCACAAAUCCACCACCACAGACGACAAGAAGCUUCAGAGCACUCUGAAGAGGAUAGGUGUCAACACCAUCCCGGCUAUUGAGGAAGUCAACAUCUUCAAGGAUGAUUUGGUCAUUCAGUUUGUUAACCCUAAGGUGCAAGCUUCCAUUGUUGCUAACACUUGGGUCAUUACUGGUUCUCCUCAAACCAGAAAACUGCAAGAUAUUCUUCCAGGGAUUAUCAACCAGCUUGGGCCAGAUAACUUGGACAACCUGAAGAAGUUGGCUGAGCAGUUCCAAAAGGAGGCCCCGGGUGGUGCCGCAGUUGUUCAGGAAGAUGAUGAUGAUGUCCCAGAGCUUGUAGCCGGAGAGACAUUUGAAGCUGCAGCGGCAGAAGAAACCCAUGCUUAAGACCGUGGAGCUUUGGGAGCAUUUUUUGUUUUGCUUUUCUUCAGAUUCGCUCUAAUUCUGUCCAUGGUUGUUACCCCCCUCUUUUCUCCGCGCUGAACUUGACAAUUCUGUGGUAGUUUUUAUCUUUUAACAGUUAUUGUGAGCAACGCAGAUUCGAGUAUCAUUAUGAAAUCUUCUAAAACAGUUUUAUAGUGUCGUAUGAUGUUUUCUAGGAGACUUACGACCAUUCAGAUCAAAGAUCCGUAUUCGCAGCGCUUUUGGUUUAGUGUAUUAUGUUCAUUGAUUGUGAAGCUCCACGGCUCAUAGCAUGUACUAUUUUCUUGGAAAUGGUUAGUGUUACAAGUCACAACUCUUUGAUCAUAAUGUACUGCACCUAGUUACGUUCAUGUAUGCAUGUACUUGUGACGAGCUUGGAGCAAUAAUUUUGGUAGCUGGGA